AUGUAUAGUGACAUUAAUAGUGCCACUCUUAGUGGAGCUAUCGAUGUCAUAGUUGUCAAAUAUCCCAAUGGCGAGCUUGUUAGUUCGCCUUUUUAUGUGCAAUUUGGCAAAACCGGGGUUUUUCGACCGUGUGCUGAUGAGGUGGAAGUGGUGAUUAAUGGAGUACCACGCACAGAUCUGCACAUGCGUGUGAAUAGAUUCGGUCAAGCGUAUUUUGACGAUCCAGAUACACAGGAUGAUGAAGUAAGGCCGUGCUCGCCUAACCUUGACUCGGGAAUCCAUUUGGAUUUUCACACCGGUCAAAGUCCUCCCACCUCGGAGACCUGUUGCUCGCCUAUACCUUCGGAUAAGGGAAGCAAAGUGUCCCAAUCCAAUCAUCUUGCAUCCUAUGACAAAGACGAUCUUCUUCAAUCUCUUCCCUCUCUCAUUCAGAGUGCUGAUUUUAGAGGUACAGACAGAAAGAGGAGCACCACUUCAGAGGCGGUGUUGGACUUGACUUCUCGCUCUCCCCUCUACAAAGCCCAUCUAUGCCAACCAAUAUGCACUACAGAGGAGUUUUCCUAA